UGCCGUGUAAAUAUGGAGGCGAUUAUAUGCGUGUGAGCGGCAGCUUUCGAUCAUAAGGAGGAGCUGAACCGGAAGUAUGCUGGUUAAUCCUGAACCUGCAGCCGUCAUGGGCGAGGCUGGGCGGGAAGACGAGCUGCGGCCGGUCCCCAGAGAGAGAGCCGUGCUGGAGAGCUUCUUCACUCAGCUCGGCAUGUUCUGGUUUGACCGAGCCAAAGACUACGUGGAGAAAGAGAAGGAGCAGAGCAGCAGGAGCGCCGCGGCCAUCUGGAGCUCUCUGCUCGCGGCUCUGGCGCACCUGGCGGCCGCGGAGAAGGCCUACCACAACAUGACCUUCCUCGGGCAAAAACUAGGAGGUCAGUCGUUCUUCAGCAGGAAGGAUUCCAUCAGGACCAUUUACACGUCCCUGCAGAACGAGCUGAAGAAGGUGGUGUCCAUGGGACGCCCGGCGCCGACCGGUUCCACGCCAUACCUGGAGGAGCUGCUGUCGCAUUUAUCCGAGCAGCUGUGCCACUUCACGCAGGCCAGGAUGGAGCUCGCGGACCUCUACGAGAAGAUGCACUGCCUCGGGAGCCAGAAAACGGUCAACUCUGAGGAGCUGGUGAGCACGCUGGAGAGCAUCCUGCACAAAUACAGCUCCAGGUUCCAUCAUCCCAUCCUGAGUCGUCUGGAGAGUGGGUUCCAGGUGGAGGUGGACGUUUUGGCGCAGCUGCUGCGCUGCCAGGCUCAGAUCUCAGAGUGGCACUUCCUGCCUUCGCUGCUCAACUUGCACGGAGCUCACGCCAAACUGCAGACGUGGGCUCAUGUGUUUGAGCGCCAGCGCGAGACCCGCAAGCACCUGUUCGGCGGCCAGUCCCAGAAGGCCGUGCAGCCGCCGCACUUGUAUUCAUGGUUGCAGCGUCUCCAGGGGGCGCUUUUGUCCAAGUUCAGCUUCUAUUUUCAUGAAGCGCUGAGUCGGCAAGCCCCGCCCUCUGAGAUGAAGGCGCUGACCGCUCGCACCUCGCCUGAUUACUUUGGAAAGAUCUCAGCCUUCGUGCGAAAGCAUGACGCCACCAACGUUUCACUGGUGUUUGAUAACCGUGGCAUGGAGAGCUUCCAGGGCCACGGGUACCACCAUCCACAUUCGUAUCGAGAGGCUCCCAAAGGCGUGGACCAGUUCCCUGCUGUGGUCUCGGUUCCAGGUGGCGAGCGGCCGUUAAACCACUGGCCCAACGUCAUCAUGAUCAUGAGCGACCGUGCCAACGAGCUCAACACACUCGACAAGGUGACGUACUUUUACGACGACAAGGUCCAGAGUACGUACUUCAUGACGAGACCAGAGCCUCACUUCACGCUUGUUGUGAUCUUCGAUGGCAAGAAAGCAGAGAAGGAUUCGCACAUCGUGGGCUUUCUGCACGAGAUUUCUGGCUCGCUGAGGAACUCCAAACCCUUCAGCACACUCAAGCCAGGCUCCAAAGGCUGAACGUGAUCAUGUGACCUACUUCAUAUCUAACGUUCAUUAACCACGGCUUUAAGUUAGAACAUCUCAUCUAUCUGAUUAAACAAUUUCUAUGAAUCAUUGUGCUGCUGAAACUUUUAGUAUUAUCAUUUUAAUCUUGAAGAAACACCAGAGGUCCAGUAGCCAGUUUUCUUUUGAUCUUGUGACCAAUCAGACCACAGGUUUUUUUUUUUUUAAUGUAUAUAUUUUUAGUAAUUUAUUUUUUUUCCACUCCUGCUGCUAUGAAACAAUUACAGUUCACCUUAUUUUUUUUUAAUAUGCAAUGAAUAACAUUUUUAAGAGCUGGUUAAUUUAAUUUUUUUUGACCAUUUACAAAAAUAAAAUUUGGAUAACUUUAAUCUCUUUGCGACAUUGAUUUACAAUCACUUUUAUUCAUUACGAGUUUAUAAAGCACUGGGAGGAUUUCACUGUUCAUGUGCUCGUAAAUGAACGAUAGCUUUAAAGGCGCCGUUAACGAUUAAGUCUGAAUACUUUUGGACGUCUUUUUGGUGAAGUUCGCCUCACAUUCCUGCAGCUUAAAUUAAAAAAAAAAAAUCUGCUUGGAACAAAAAUGCUAUUCUUUGGAAAGUGGGGGGAGGAAUGAUGUGGACCACCACCAUCCAACCAGUCGGCACAAAGAAAAGUUUCUACUGGUCAGUUCAGGAAGUUGUUCGAGCUGAGAGAAUGACUUUGGAGUGAACAAACGCAUUACUGGCUUUAUUGGUUUGAAGUUUGAGCUUCAGAACGUCCCAGCUUUAGCUAAUUUCUGACUGCACCUUAAUGUUUUGGGUAAGCAGCUGUUUUUUGUGGAACAUAAAACAAAUUGAAGUUGCUGUUAUUCUUGAUUUGUGGCUUUAAAUAAUGUGAAAUAACAUUUUACAGGAAUUAAAGAACUUGUGAACUCCUUGUGCCUUUUUUUUUUUUCCUCCUCUCAUCUACCGUAUAUGAAUCGACACUUGAUGUGUGAAUAAACUGGAAUGUUAAACUGU